CUGUGUUUGUCUUUUUCGCUAAAAAUAAAUUUGUAAAUUUGACAAAAUUAUCGUUACAUAAAAAUACACAUUACUUGCCAGUAAUAUAACCUUAAUUAACUUAACCAAAAGAAUGUCGUGGUUAAGUAAACGAAUCUUGUCAUCAAUGACACCCUGGCUGCCUCAAGCGAGUCAAGCGAGUCAAGCGCGUACCUUCUACAUGUACCACGCAGACAAGCGAGCCAAGGGUCCACUAGUAAGACGUUACGGAUACCGAGACCCUUUGAACGCUCGAGGACUGUUGCCUCGCAAUAGUGAAGACAGACUGAGAGAAAUACCAGUAUAUCGUCCAAAAGACCACUGGAACCAAAAGCGAGCUCUCUUUGGCCAGAACGACUACAUCGACAUCCUCGGCAACGACGAUCUCCAUCCCACCAGGAUCCUCUACAACGUCCCAGCUUGGUUAAGAGGUGUUAAAGGUAACGAGUACCAAGUCUUGCUGAGGAAGAAGAGAAUCUGGUCCAAGGGGAUCUUCCCCAUCGCCAGACCCACUCGCUGGCACAGUAUCAAAAAACAAAUUAACUUCUUGUACAAGUUUCUUAAUUUCAAGUGUAAGAAUAAAACGUUUUAAUUUUUUUUUUUUAAUAUUUAGAGUUAUAAAUAAAAUUUUGAUUUAUUAAAUAA